AUUUUUUUUGUUUAAUUUAUUUCACCUUCAUUUUUUUUGCUUUUAUUUACUCACAAAAAUGCAAUACUUUUGUUUUUCCAAUUUCCCAGAAAUUAUUCCAUGAAAUUAGGAGGGAGGAAAGGUUAACGCCGCAGCCUGGCCUCUGUUUGAAGCAACCUAAAUCCUGUCCAGCAGCGGCGAAAGAAACAGUGAGGAGAACAAUUAACACCGUUCACCAUUUCCAAGUGUUGUUUCUGCUACACACUUGAAAUUAGUGCCAGAAUUCCCAGAUUUUGUGUAGGGUUUUGUCUGAAGUUGCGGCGAAAGAUGACGGUGUCGGCGGGAGGUGUGGCAUUCUCGUCGGAUAAUCUGGUGAAGAAGUCACCCAAUGAUAGGCGGUUAUACAGAUAUCUUCAACUUCAGAAUGGUCUCUCUGCUUUGCUUGUUCACGACCCUCAGAUUUAUCCUCCUCCCGGCAAUCUUAAUUCCGAGGAAGACGAUGAAGACGACGACGAAGAUGACGAUGAUUACGAUGACGACGAGGAUGAUGAUGAAGAUGAUGAAGACGACGAUGAUGAAGAUGAUGAAGAUGAAGAAGAUGAGGAUGAUGAAAAAGAUGAUGACGAGGAUGAAGAUGGUGGGAGUAAAAAGGGGAAGGGGAAGGGGAAGGGGAAGAAAUCUGCAACUCAAACUAAGAAGGCAGCAGCAGCAGUUUGUGUUGGGAUGGGUAGCUUCUCAGACCCUUAUGAAGCACAGGGUCUUGCUCAUUUCUUAGAGCACAUGCUGUUCAUGGGUAGUUCUGAAUUUCCAGAUGAAAAUGAGUAUGAUAGUUACUUGUCCAAGCAUGGAGGUUCAUCAAAUGCAUACACAGAGGCAGAGCAUACUUGCUAUCAUUUUGAUGUCAAGCGGGAGUUUCUCAAAGAUGCAUUGAAAAGGUUUUCUCAGUUCUACAUCUCACCAUUAGUGAAAGAUGAAGCCAUGGAUCGAGAGGUACUGGCAGUUGAUUCAGAGUUUAACCAAGCGUUGCAAAGUGAUUCUUGUCGUCUUCAACAACUCCAGUGCCAUACUUCUAUUCCUGGUCAUCCUUUUAACAGAUUCUUCUGGGGCAACAAGAAAAGUUUGUAUGAUGCUAUGGAAAAAGGGAUUGAUAUACGACAAAGAAUUAUGAAGAUGUAUGAAGAUAACUACUGUGGUGAAAUUAUGAAGUUAGUCAUCAUUGGUGGAGAGUCGCUUGAUGUACUGCAGAGUUGGGUCCUAGAAUUGUUUAGUGAUGUGAAGAAAGGUCCUUCCUCGGGGCUGGAGAUAAAUUACGAAGGUCCUAUCUGGAAUGCUGGCAAGCUAUACAGACUGGAGGCUGUUAAAGAUGUUCACACCCUGGAGAUAUCAUGGAAAUUGCCAUGUCUUCGCAAAUACUAUCUGAAUAAGUCUGAAGAUUACCUGGCUCAUCUAAUAGGACAUGAGGGAAGCGGAAGCUUGCAUUUCUUUUUGAAGAGUAAAGGAUGGAUAACAUCUAUAUCAGCUGGUGUUGGAGAUGAUGGAAUGCAAAGAUCUUCUUUAGCCUAUAUUUUUGGCAUAUCUAUAAACCUUACAGACUCUGGAUUGGACAAGAUCUAUGAGGUUAUUGGAUUUGUGUAUCAAUACCUCAAACUACUGCGCCAAGCUCCUCCUGAAGACUGGAUAUUUAAGGAACUCCAGGAUAUUGGAAAUAUGGAAUUUAGGUUUGCUGAGGAACAGCCGCAGGAUGAUUAUGCUGCUGAACUUGCAGCAAACUUGCUUACAUAUCCACCACAGCAUGUAAUCUAUGGUGAAUAUGCAUAUGAAGACUGGGAUGCUGAGAAGAUAAAAUUCCUUCUCAAUUUCUUCACCCCAGACAAUAUGAGGGUUGACCUAUUAUCCAAAUCCUUUGACAAAUCCGGAGAUGUCUUGUGUGAGCCAUGGUUUGGAGCAAACUACACUGAGGAAGAUAUUGCUUCAUCUAUGAUGGACUUGUGGAGGGACCCUCCAGCAAUAGAUGGAUCAUUACAUAUGCCAUCAAAGAACGAGUUCAUUCCAGUUGACUUCCUUGUGCAUGCUGAUAAAAUGUCAGAAAAAAUUGCUGAUGAAUCUUGUCCUAGAUGUGUACUUGAUGAACCGUUGAUGAAACUCUGGUUCAAGCUCGAUAGGAUCUUUAAACUUCCUCGUGCAAAUACAUAUUUCCGUAUCAAUUUAAAGGGUGCUUAUGCAAGUGUGCGUAACUGUCUCUUGACUGAACUGUUUGUUCGACUUUUGAAAGACGAGCUGAAUGAAACUAUUUACCAGGCCAGCAUAGCCAAGUUAGAAACUUCAAUCUCUGUUUUUGGCGACAAACUUGAGCUAAAAGUUUAUGGGUUCAGUGAAAAGCUUUCACUUCUACUUUCUAAGAUACUGGCUGUAGCAAAGUCCUUUUCACCAAAAGAUGAUCGAUUUAAGGUCAUUAAAGAGAAUAUGGCGAGGAACUUGAGGAACACAAAUAUGAAGCCUUUAAACCACGCAUCAUACCUGAGAUUGCAAAUCCUUUGCAAAGCUUAUUGGGAUGUAGACGAUAAGCUACAGUGUUUAGCUGAUUUGUCCCUUGCUGAGUUACAGGAUUUCAUUCCAGAGCUUCUUUCCCAGUUAUAUUUUGAAGGCCUCUGUCAUGGUAAUUUACUAGAAGAAGAAGCCGUCAAUGUAUCGAACACAUUUAAAAGCUACUUUGCGGUACCAGCAAUUCCUGUGGAGAUGAGGCAUAAGGACCAAGUGUUAUGCCUUCCUUCUGCAGCAAAUCUCGUUAAAGAUGUCCGUGUAAAAAAUAAGCUUGAAGUAAACUCUGUAGUUGAGCUUUAUUACCAAAUUGAGCCGGAAAAUGCUGUGGAUUCACUUAGACAGAAAGGUUUCUCUGAUCUGUUUGAUGAGAUUAUACAAGAGCCCUUUUUUAAUCAGCUAAGGACGAAGGAGCAGCUUGGUUAUACUGUUGAAUGCAGCCCACGUACAACAUACCGUGUCUUUGGUUACUGUUUCAGCGUUCAAUCUUCCAAGUACAACCCUGUAUACUUGCAAGGGAGGAUAGACAACUUUAUUGAUGGCCUGAAUGAUAUGCUGGAAGGACUUGACGAUGGAUCCUUUGAGAGUUAUAAAAGUGGGUUAAUUGCAAAAUUGCAAGAGAAAGAUACAUCAUUGGCGUGCGAGACUAGCCGUUUUUGGAAUGAAAUUACAGAUCAGAGGUAUCUAUUCGAUUUUGAAGAAAAGCUGGCACAAAUUGUGAGGAACAUAAAUAAAAGUGAGCUAAUUGACUGGUGUAGUACAUAUUUCGCGAGGGAAUCCCCCAAGCGCCGGAGGCUUGCGAUCCGAGUAUGGGGUUGCAACACCGACUUAAAAGAGGCUGAAGCACAGACAAAGUCUGUGGAAGUCAUUGACGACUUCAUUGCGUACAAGAAGUCUUCCAAGUUCUAUGCGAGUUUUUGUUAAACAAACUGGUCCCAAACAUGAUACAAGAGCAUUUUUCGGCUGAGAAUCUCAUUAUUAGUUUCCAGUCAGGUGCAGUAGAUUCUCAGUUAUCUUGUGUUUGGUACUGUGCAUAACAAUGUGAGGGUAAGAACUAAGAAGGCCUCAUUGAUGGAAUCCAUCUCUCCUUUCGCUGCUUUGCGUAUCACAGAUGCAAAGGAUACCGACCAGGUGACCAUCCAUAAAACAAUGGUUCUUGUGUUGUGAACAAAACAGGGACUUCCAGAGCUUCCUAUUUUGUUUUGCUUGAAACUUCAGACGCGGUUGGUCACUUCUCAUUUCUCUUAAGAAGCAAGAAAAGCAGGAAAUUGUUUUUGAUGAAAGUUAUACAAGAAUUCUGAGCUCAGGAUUUUGAUACUUAUUCAAGACGUUAAUGGAGGUGCUCAGGAUUAACAAACAUUAAAUUUUUUUUUUCCGUAUUUGAGGUACCUUAAUUAAGCCAUGGAAGUUUAAAGUCGAAUUCAAAUAAAGUUAUGAAGUCCACCAUUUCUUUAUGGGUGAUUUACCAAGGCAAGAUUUAUUUGUAGUUUGUCAAACGUUUUCAUUUGGGUAAGUCGGGCUCAAAAUGUACACUUGAAAUGUUUUGUACUGUGUAUGCAGUUUUUUAUCAGGUUU